UCGCCGGCCACCGUCCGCCGUUGGGCCGCUGCAGCCCUGUUGCUGCCCGGAUGUGGCCGAUCGAGGAAGAGGGAGAGGGAGAGGGCCGCCAUGAGCGACAUCCGGCACUCGCUGCUCCGCCGGGACGCGCUCAGCGCCGCCAAGGAGGUCCUCUACCACCUCGACGUCUACUUCAGCAGCCAGCUGCAGAGCGUGCCGCUGCCCAUCGUGGACAAGGGCCCCGUCGAGCUGCUCGAGGAGUUCGUCUUCCAGGUGCCCAAGGAGCGCGGCGCCCCGGCCAAGAGACUGAACUCGCUGCAAGAGCUUCAGCUGCUAGAGAUCAUGUGCAACUAUUUCCAGGAGCAAAGCAAGGACUCAGUCCGCCAGAUCAUUUUCUCCUCCCUCUUCAGCCCGCAAGGGAACAAAGCCGACGACUGCAGGAUGGCCCUCUUGGGGAAGCUUGUCUCGAUGGCGGUGGCCGUGGGCCGUGGGCCUGUCCUGGAGUGCGCGGCUUCGUGGCUGCAGCGGACACCGGCUGUCUACUGCGUGAGGCUGGCCCAGGCCUUGGUCGAUGACUACUGCAGCCUGGUGCCAGGCUCGGUCCAGACCCUGAAGCAGACCUUCAGUGGCAGCCCUCGCUUCUGCUGCCAGUUCAUCACAGCGGUCACCAUGCUGUACGACAUGUCGUCAGAUGACCUCAUCCCCCCUCCGGACUUGCUGGAGAUGGUCGUCUCCUGGAUCUUUGAGGACCCCCGCUUGAUCCUCAUCACCUUCUUGAACACCCCAAUUGCAGCCAGCCUGCCGAUUGGCUUUCUAGAGCUCACCCCGCUCAGCGGCCUGAUCCGCUGGUGCGUGAAGGCCCCGCUGGCUUACAAGCGGAGGAAGCCCCCUCCGGCCUCCAAUGGCCACCUCAACGGCAAGGCCGCCAAGGACUCGGCCGCCGGCUGCGACCAAGAGAGCCGCCCCUUGUACUCCAAGCUGCACCUCAGCGUCCUCCAGGUCCUGAUGAUGCUGCAGGGGCACCUGACCGAGAAGAACCUGUAUGGGCGCCUGGGGCUCGUGCCUUUCGACCACGUGGUUUCCCUCGUGGAGGAGAUGAGCAGGCUCUCGGACGCACUCAACCCGCUCCACGCCUCCAAAGAGAUUGAGCUGGCCCUGGACCGGCUGGCCCAGGCCUUGCAAGUGGCCAUGGCCUCCGGAGCGUUGCUGUGGACCAGAGAGGAUCUAAGGACCGUGUGCUCCAGGCUCCCACACAACAACCUGCUUCAGCUGGUGAUCUCAGGCCCAGUCCAACAGCCGUCUCACGCAGCUCUGCCCCCAGGAUUUUAUCCCCCCAUCCAUACCCCCCCGCUAGGCUAUCCUACCCACGCAGCACACCCCGCGAUACCAGCCCAUCCUGUACAGACGUUCAUGCCGGGCAUGGCCUUUCCCUACCGGCCAAUCCGCUAAAGAAACAGGGCUCCAGCCCUGUCCGACAAAUCUUAUUUUCCAUUCAUUGCGGAGUCUUUACAAAGAGAACCAGACAUACAUACUUUGGGGGGAAAACUUCUCCAUCUCUAAUAGCGCUGCAUGAUGUCUAGAAGAAAAGAUUUCUUCUUCUGCAGGAGUGGACUGAUGGCGCUAGACCCUAAGGUGGGACCAUCUUUUUAAAAAAUCUAGUCAUAUUGUAGAGACAGGAAGCACAGUCCCCUGGAAUGGACGGAAUCUCUUUCCCCUCUACUGUCAGCCCAGUUUGACUGUUGUAAGUAGAUUCUCCUGGGAAGAGGACAGGAUUCACCACCUGCUAUUUCACUGGCAAAAUCUUUGUACAACCCCUUCCCCCCCCCCCCCAUCCUUUAAGUAAAAUGUUUGGAUGACUCUUACGUAGGAGAACAGCUACUUCACACUUUGUAAGCUGUUUUGUUGGGUCUUUUCAUGUGAAUAUCUACAAUAUGACUGAAGUUUUUUUUUUU